UCAAAAGAGCGGCAUUUGUACAGUUUCAGUAGGUUAAUCUUACAUAAAACUUAGUUUUUUCUUAAGUAUAAGUUAACUUUCGUUUUCAGUAUUAGUGCAAAUAAUUACAAUGAAUUGAUGCUAUAAAAAAUUGCAAAAAUGUUUUAUCACAUAUCUUUGGAACAGGAAAUUUUGUUACAUCCUCGGUAUUUUGGACCACAACUUUUAGAUACUGUUAAACAGAAACUUUAUACAGAAGUAGAAGGCACAUGUACAGGCAAGUAUGGAUUUGUUAUAGCUGUUACAACAAUCGACAGCAUAGGAGCUGGACUCAUUCAGCCAGGCCAAGGCUUUGUUGUGUAUCCAGUUAAAUAUAAAGCAAUUGUGUUCCGACCCUUCAAGGGAGAAGUGCUUGAUGCAAUAGUUACACAAGUGAAUAAGGUUGGAAUGUUUGCUCAAAUCGGUCCUCUUAGUUGUUUCAUUUCACAUCAUUCAAUUCCUGCAGAUAUGGAAUUUUGUCCAAAUGUAAAUCCCCCAUGUUACAAGAGUAAACAGGAAGAUAAUGUCAUACAGGAAGAGGAUGUCAUCAGGUUGAAGAUUGUGGGGACAAGGGUUGAUGCUACUGGCAUUUUUGCCAUUGGAACACUAAUGGAUGACUACUUAGGUUUAGUGACACAAUAAUAUUUAUGUUUUUUUAUAAUAUAAUAAAUAAAAUACAAAAUGAAACACA